CUCUGCGAGAGCAAAGCGGUCUUCGCGAAAAAACGCGCGAGGCGGCGUCUGGUCUCGCAUCCUCUUCUCGCCUCUAACCGUCUCCUCGCUUAUUCUCUCUGCUUCUUUCCUCUCUCCACUUCCUUCCCCUCGCCUCUUCUUUUCUCGCUCUUUUGUUCUCGCUCUUGUGUUCUCGCUCUUUUGUUCUCGCUGUUCUCCUCCCUCUCCUCCCUUGUAUAUGCUCUGAAGGGAGAGCGAACGCGGACUGUCUUUGUCUCUGUCCUUUAUGUCACAGGAGCCUCUCUUCUCCCUUCCUUCCCCCGUCUCCAUCUGUCGCCUCGACAGAGCCGAAUCAGUCUUGGAAAGAAAGCGCCUCGGCGGUUAUUGCACAAUUCACCUUUCGCCUUUAGAGCUUUCUUCAUUUUUUCGAGGCACCCUGGUUUUCUCAAGUGCGUUUCGCUGUCUCUCCGUUGUGCCUGUCGUGUGGAAGUAGGAACUGUCUCGCCGCUCUCUCCUGCCUUCGUCGCUCCUUUUGUCUGCAAGAUCCGUCUCCCCCUCUACGACCUCCCCCGCGACUCGUCUUCUCCUUCUUUGCCUCUCGUCUUUCUUCUUCUCUUCUCCGUCUGUACCUCUCUUCUCUUCCUCCAUUGUCUUCUUGGCCAUAAAAUCUUCUUCUCUCUUCUUUUGUUUUCUGUGGGGAGCGCGUUCGCCGGUCUUUCUUUAAAUCUCCUCGCCGUCGCUUCUGCUCUGCUCGCGCGCGUCAGCCGUGGAAGUUGCGCAGCUUCAGAUGCCUCGUCUUCGGUCCCGCUGAGCUGCAGAAGGCGAAGGGGGAGCCGCGCAUUCCUGUUCUCUCUCUGGGUUCCUCGCUUCGUCUCUCCCUUCAUCGGUUCUCCGUCGACCUCUCUGUCUCUCUCUCUCCGUUUCGUUCGCCUUCUGCGCGCUGUCCACGAUGUUUUCUUCUUCUCCGCUCCCGGCUGCGCCUCUUGUGUUUGACUGGGGAACGCACACACUCCGCGCGGGAGUCUCCGGCGACGCCCUGCCUCGCUGGGUCGCGCCCAGCGUUGUGGGACUGCCGCACGAGGCGCUGUCUUCCUCCGCUGCGUUCGGCUUCUGGCUCGACGACUCUGCGUCCCCCUCGAGAAAAACGGGCUCGGACCGCUGCGCUCUCGCGCCUCUGAAUCCCCUAGAGAAACGCGAUCACCUCGACGUCUCCCCAGUUGUCUCCUACCUGCCUGCCUGCCAUGCACCCUCCGGCGAAGACGGCGGCCCUGCGAGCAGAGAGGACAGGGAGAAGGCGAAGCGAAAACGAAGAGGCGAAGAUGGAAGGAAGGAAGACAGACUCGCGGACGGCGGCUUCCCAAGUUUCUUGGGAGCCUCAGCCGGCUGGGGAAACGCCCCGGGUGUAUACGCUGUCGACAUUCCGGGGUUUCGGCGCCUGUUGGACACAGCGUGUGGCUGUCGCGGCAUGGACGAAGGGAGUCUCGAGGGACGGUCGCUCCUCCUCUCCGAGCCGAAUUUGACAAAUCGACCUCUCCGAGACUCUUUCGCCGAGAUGCUCUUCGAGGACUUCAAGGUGUCUCGGGCGUUUCUGUGUAAGAAGGCGGCGCUCGCAUGUUUCGGCUGUGCGCGGACUUCUGGAAUUGUGGCGGAUGUCGGGCAUUCGAAUACGUCUGUCUGCGCCGUUCAAGAAGGCUUCGUGCUGCAGAGAGCCAUCAAGGAAUUCCCCUUCGGCGCGGGUCACUGCGCUGCGUUCACACAAGGCGUCUUGCAGCAGCAGGGCGUCUCCGUCACUCCAGGCUUCGCCGUCGUGCGGUCGCCCCUCGCCGCGGCGACGCGGAAAGGCGAGAGAGAGGAGAGAGACCGAAGAAGAAAGGGAUGCUCUGCCGAGCGACGGCGAAGCGCAGAGGAGGGCAGGAGGGAGGAAGAUGCACGGGGACCGGAGGCAACUGCGGAGGCGCCGAGUCUCCCUGGAUUCACCAGAACUGUCGACGAGAAACACAACGAAGUCGUCCAGGUUGCGCCUUGUCCCCACGUUGCGCAGUCCUACAGACUCUGGGGCGAAAUGCACAUCGUCGAGGUCCUCGCUCAGGUCCUGGGAGAGUGUCGCCCCCGCCCAGACGCGUCGGCAAUGGUGGCUGCGACUCUGUCGUCGGCGGCGUCGCCUCAAGCUUCACGAGGGCGGCCAAAGCUGGGUGUGCGCCGGGGCAAGUCGAGCAGCUCGCGGAGCGGCGACAGCAGAGACUGUGGGGACGGCGAGAAGAAGCGCGAAGAGAAAGUGGAGGAGGACGAGCGAACGCAGCUCUUUGUUCUGCCCGACGGAACCAAGCUGAGUGCCGCCGUCACCGACGCCAUCCGCACCGCCGUCCCCGAGACGCUCUUCUCCGCGCCGCUGCGACUCCACUUCUUCAAUCUCUUGAGCGCCGCGAGCGCGGGCGCGCGCGAAGGAGACAGCGAGCGGGGCGCGAAGGUCUGCGACUGCGAACUCGUCGAAGCCGUCAGAGAAUGUGUCUCCGCCGCCGGCGCAGCACGAAGAGACACCCUCGCCGCGGUCAUCCCCACGGGAGGCGGCACACUCUCCCCCGGCUUCCUUGAGCGGUUCAAGGAGGAGGUAACACAGAGAGAGAUGAGAGACAAGGAAAGGGGGAAACGCUGAGGAAAUGCGAGGACUGAAGCGAAGGAAGUGAAACGGCACACACUGGACAGAAUGAAAGAGGAGUUCGUGUGGAGCCCGAGGAGCUCUUUCUCGCGCUCUCUGGUGCCAAGCCGAUUGCGCAUGCUGUGUUGUCUGAUCCUCGCGAACCACUGCAUGUGUGAAAGUUAGUUAACUGGAGGUGCGUCUAAACUGCAUCUCUAAGAAUGUACCUAUUUCUGUGUAGAUACCUGCAAAUUGAUUCACUUGUCCAUGUAUGUAACUCUGCAUGCUCACCGGCGUUCUUCCUCCCUGCACACCCUUCUGUCUGUUUCCUCCCUCUCCACGCAUCUACGCAUUCUUCUCCUUCGGUUCCGAGCUUCGCGCCUCGCUCUUACCUCUCUGCUCUGUUCCAUUCGUUCUGUCAGCAUGCUUGCCCCUUCGGCUUCUCCCUUGUCCCGACGUCGGCUUCCCUGCCCGUAUUCUCCUUGCCUGCAGCUGCAGCAGCUGCCGCAAGAUCCUGCGCUGGCGCCGCUGCUGGCGUCGACUGCAGGCGCGUCUCUGGACGGAGAAGGCGGCUUCGCUGGGGGGUGUCUGCGCGUCGUGGCGAGUGCCGUGGAGGCGGAGAGACACUUCGCCUCCUGGAUCGGCGGCUCCAUUCUCGGGUGUCUAGGCAGCUUCUCCCAGUUCUGCGUCACUCAAGCCGAAUACGAAGAGUACGGCGCGCGGGCAGCGCUCGACCGAAAAUGUCCGUAACCAGAGAGCGCAGAGAAGAGAGAGGACGAGGCGCAAAGAAGGAAAGACGGAGGACACAUAUAGGGGGAGCACAGGUGCGACAGAGGGUCAAAGAGCUGGAAAAGGAGACAGGGAGAGACGUGAGGAGAGGCCGGCGGAGUCCUUCCCGGUUCUGAGAACGAGGGAGGUGCAAAAAAGACAACGCAAGCGGGUGGUAACGAACUCACGGAAACGUAGGGACGCAAACAGGAGAACGUGACGAGAAAAAUGCGAAAAAGGAGGCUGGUUUCUAUUCAACAAGCCUUGAAGCCGUGACCUGUAGAGUGGCUGUUCGUGAAGUGAGGGCUGUGUGCGCCCAGACGAAGACGAAACUGACGGAAAGGCAUGCCUUGCGUAUCUCAAGUUCGUUUUUCCGAGAUGCCUGCUGAUACUGCACUGAAGCGCGAGCACUUGUAUUUAAUCUAAGAGACUUCUCUGGAGGCUAUCUCAAGCUUGAGGAGACAGGAGUGCCUGUCGUCGCCGCUGUCGGGAAACUUUGGACUAAAAAGUCAACGUGCAUCUUCUCACGUUUCUCGUUACACCGUUCUCGCCUCCGUGCAGGUCUCGCGAAUUCGUGCUCUAAUUGUUUUCUUCUGAGCCCACAUUCUCUCCGAGAUCUCCGAGAGUCAUCGCCCUCCAUGCAUCUGCGCUUUUGCUUUGCCACGAAAAAAGAUACAAACCAUUUUCUCUCGGGAGACACUUCGAUUCGCG